AUAACCAAAAAGUUAAAAUAAUCCAAAUUGUAAAUAGUUUUUAAAAUGGGAAAAUAGUGGCACCUUAUUUACAAAUUGUUAUUAAAUACUUCAGGAAAUUGUUUUGUUUUCACAAUGUCUUUUAGAAUACUGAGAAAUUUUCUCACUGCUAGGCAAAAGUGUAUGUUACUGCACCGUCCUUAUUCCAACAACUCGAAGGAUAUAGCACCUUACGACUCGUUUUAUUCUAAGCCUCAAAAGACUAAGCAAACUUAUCUAGAAGUUAUAAAGAAGUUCGAAGAACAAGACACGAGGCGGCGGGGUCAUGUGGAAUUUAUUUAUGCAGCUCUUAGUAGGAUGAAGGAAUUUGGAGUUCAUAAAGACUUGGAAGUUUAUAAGGCAUUAGUAGAAGUUCUGCCGAAAGGAAAAUUGAUACCCACCAACAUUUUUCAAGCUGAGUUCAUGCAUUAUCCAAAACAGCAACAGUGUGCCGUAGAUUUGCUUGAACAAAUGGAAAAUAAUGGUGUAAUGCCGGAUACGGAAAUGGAGCAAAUACUACUCAACACUUUUGGCCGCAGAGGGAUACCAUUAAGAAAGUAUUGGAGGAUGAUGUACUGGAUGCCAAAGUUCAAACACCUCACACCUUGGCCUUUGCCAGAAGAGCUGCCACAGGAGGCACUUGAGCUUGCAAAAUUAGCUAUACAAAGGAUAACAUCUGUUGAUGCAGAUAUCAAUGUUAAUGUUUGGCAGACAGAAGAGAUUGAGGCAUCAUUGGACAAGACAUGGAUCGUGAGUGCCCAGAGUAGAGCACAGCAAGUACUUUUAACGGAACAACCUACAGAUGACCCACUCGUCAUAAAAGGACCGUACCUUGUGUACUUGAGAGAUCAGACUGUAUCAUACUUUGUACUGCUUGGAAAAAUACGACCAGAAGUUAUUGAUGACAAAGAUCUGGAUGAUGUAUCUAAUAUUAAAAAGCCAACAGGUAUACCUGGUGUGGGUAGAGUGAAGUUACCUCAACUAAAAAAUACAAUUCAUGAACAGGAUGAUGGAACUAUUGUUGCAGUAUGUGCUACAGGUACCUCCUCAAGAGACUCCUUACUGUCAUGGAUAAGACUUCUAGAAAAAUAUGAUAAUCCAAGUUUAUCAGAAAUACCAGUAAUAUUUACAUUACUAGCACCGCCAAGUGAUGUAUCAUUAUUUGAAACUCAACUAGCUGAAAGCGAAGAGAAGAAAGAAUAAUUUAUUUUUAUUAGGGUUGAUAAAUAAAUUAUUUAAGUGUUAA